AACAACAAAAAAAUGGGAAAAAAGAAGAAGCCAGCUACCACUAAUACAAGUGCCUAUCAACAAGUGGAUGAUGAUGGCGAUUCUCUCUUGAUACAGGAACCUGUUGUACUUCAAUCAACAACACCAAAACAAGAACCAAUUUUUAGUCAGGGAGGAAGUGUUCCUAUUGAUGAUCAAUUAGAUGAUGUUUACAAUAAUUCUCAAACAUACAACAACAAUACUUCAUCAUCGGUUUUUAUUCCAUCCUCCUCAUCUAAUGGAAACAAUCCACCAAAUAACAAUAAUAAGAAUGAUUUCGAUGAUGAUGGAACUAAAGUAAUGACCUUUGAAGAGGCUGUCGAAUAUAUUGGAUUUGGAUGGUAUCAAAUAUUCCUAAUGAAUAUUUGUGGUGCUGGUUGGUUAUUUGAUGGUAUCGAGUUGACAAUGAUUAGUUUUAUUAUUCCACAAUUAACUGAUGAAUGGUCAAUGACUCCAGUCCAAGCUGGAUCUUUGGGAAGUGCUGUUUUUGCAGGCAUGAUGAUUGGAGCUUGGUUGGGAGGAAUUGUUUCUGAUAAGGUUGGAAGAAAAUGGAUCUUUUGUGGCAGUGUAUUUAUUAGUGCAACAUUUGGGCUUGCCUCUUCAUUUUCUAAUGGAUACAUAGCUUUUAUUUUCCUUAGAUUCUUUGUUGGAUUGGGUUUAGGUGCGAUGGUUCCAGUUGAUUUUUCAUUAUUUAUGGAAUUCAUUCCACCAAAGAAUAGAGGUGCUAUUUUGGGUGUUUUGAACAUUUAUUGGAGUAUUGGAGCUGCUUUCGAGUGUUUAAUUGCCUGGAUCUGUUUACAAGCUGGUGGUUUCAGUUUAGAGACCUCAUGGAGAUGGGUUGUUGCUUUGAGUUCAAUUCCUGGUUUUGUAAUAUUUAUUUCACGUUUAUUUGUUCCAGAAAGUCCAAGAUUCAAUGCUCUCAGAAAUAAGGCAUCUGAAGUUCACAAGGUUAUCAACACUAUGGCUGAGGUCAAUUGUAUUUCUAGAGAUGAUCCAAAGAAGGGAUGGAUUUUCAGAAGAUCCAAGUGGAGACUCAGACUUCCAAAAGUUGAAAAGCAACUGAGUCCUUGGGAACAAUUGAAGAAUUUAUUCGCUAAAGAUUACAUUCUUGGUUCAUUCCUGUUGUGGAUUAUUUGGUUCUUUAUGAGUUUUGGUGGCUGGGGAUGUAAGUUCUUGUUACCAAUUGUAUUUAUCAAAUUGCAGAACAAUAACGUGUAUUUGAAUACUUUCUAUGUAACUGGUGUAGGAUUCAUCUCAAACAUUUUCACUUUAUUUAUUAUUGAUAGAAUUAGUAGAAGAGCCUUGAUGAGUAGUACAUUUAUUAUUACUGGUUUAUUAACAGCAGUUGUUGGUAUUAGUGAAGAUCCAAUCUAUGUAUUGGUAUUUUCAAUGUUGAGUAAUUUCUUCUCUUCAUUCCCAUGGGCAGUUGUUUACACGUAUACACCGGAAUUUUACCCAACCUCUUUCAGAGCUACUGGUAUGGGAACAUGUUCUGCAUUUACAAGAUUGGCUGGUACAAUUACUCCAAUUGUUGGUGAAGUCUUGUUGAAGGAGAAUUACUUUAUUCCAUUCCUUGUGUUUGGUAUUGCAUUCUUCAUUAGUGGUGUGGCUGCAAUCUUCCUUCCAAGAGAAACACUUGGUCAAGCUCUCGAAGACGUUUCAGGAGAAUCUCACUUUUUGCCAAACUCAAAGAGCCACUUCCAAGUUGAAACUUUGGGCACUCCAUCAGUUCCAUCCUCAAGUACUGAUCUCACUUCAUCUCUUUUGGAAGAAGAUAAGAUUUAUACUGCUUCCAAUGAUACAGCUAUUAAUGUUUAAUAAAACAAAGUUGUGU